GGUUGAGCACAGUCCACCGGUGCCAGGGUGCCAGAUCCGCGCCGCUCCGCCGUGUAGGUCCAUCCAUCACCGCGCCAUUCACUGCUCCCAGGGUACUCUCGACAACCCACACUUUGGGUUACGCCUCCCCUCGCUAGUACCAAGAGUUUGAGAAGCCCCAAAUGUGGUGCAGAGUGUGAUGACAUGUUAAACUAUUGCGUACUUUGUGUUCUCUUUCUGAGAUUUCCAUCUGAGUAACUUGUAACAGCAUCUGAACACAGUUUGCUCGAUCACCGGUGUCUUGGUCCACCGGUGUCUUGGUGUCCUGGUGUUCCGACUUGCAACAGAAACAUUAACCGUGUGUGGUGUGGCGUUGCAGAACCAUACGACUGUACUGAUUUCUCCAUUUGUUCAGGCCUCCUAAAGGAUCAGGAAUUCGAGAGCCUUCAAAAUCUGAAAGUCCUGGUUCUGAGCGUCAGUGGCAAGGAGACUCUUGGAGGCGACCCAAUCGCUGGGACCAGUCACCACAAACUCCGACACAGCAGUCCAUGCCUUCCACACCACAACCUGUCCAGUCUGCAGAGCCACAAGCAAAUCUUGUCAGGGACUUGAACUACUUUCCCUAUUGGGACAAUGAUCCACCAGACCAGAGUCCUGAGGGGGAGCCUCCAGUCAACAGCACUAUGUCAGUGCAUGCAGGUGAUGGUGACACCUUGACUGGGAGUGAGAAUCCAACUCCAUGGAGGAAGAGUAGCCAACAUAGGAAUGAAAGUCCUGUAGCUUCACAACCUCAACACAAAUCAACUUUAACCUGGACUCCAGUUCAGCCAGCAACAGACAGCAAACAACAGCAACAAGCAAACACAAAUCCUCCAGCAAAAAUGUCAGCUACAGUGCUCAGAAAAAGGAGUGCUGACCCACCACUUGCCCCACAGAAUGAAUGUGUAACUAGGGUCAGCCAAGGUCAGACAGACCAGGGAGAGAACAGGGAAGUAAGGCAGCCACAGCAGAUAAGAACACGGAAAAUAGACACUGAACCUCAGAAUGACAGAAACUCUACAGAUAAUAAUACAAAGAACAAGCAGGAAGCUACUGAUGCACGUCCACCCAUAAAAAGAUGGAGGAGCAGGGAUGAAACAAAUCCUGUGAAACCCAGGGAUGAUUUAACAGACAGAAAAAAUAUAUUUCAGAGGGAAAACAGCAGAGAUGAAGAGCGUUUCAGACAAGAAAGAGAAAAAAGGGAAGAGCUGAGAAAUAAAAGAGAUGAACUUAGGAGAAGAGAACAAACUGAAAGAGAAAAGAGAGAGGAACUACGAAAGACGGAACAGGAAAAAGAACAGGAAAACAGAAGUUCAAUAGAUGAUAUACGCAAAAGACAUGAAAGAGAGAGAGAAGAACUGAGGCGAUUACAGGAGGAAAGAGACAGACAGGAAGCACAAAUGAGACAGAAAUCAGAAAGAGACAAGAUAGUCAAUCAGCAAAUGAAUGAAAAGGCUGAGAAAGAUAAGCAAACAGGACUAAAUAAUCAGAAUAAACCACUUUUAAGAAAGACUAGUAGACCUGAGCCUGAAGAAGUGUUGAGGAAGACCAGUCGACCUGAGCCUGAAGUACUGAGAAAGACAAGUCAGCUGGAACCUGAACAACUGUUACGGAAGACCAGUCGUCCUGAGCCUGAAGAGGUGUUGAGAAAGACUAGUAAACCUGAGCCUGAAGUACUGAGAAAGACCAGUCGACCUGAGCCUGAAGAAAGAGUGAGAAAAACAAGUCAUCCAGAGCCUGAACGAAUGCUUAAGAAAACCAGUCGACCUGAGCCUGAAGAAGUGCUGAGAAAAACCAGUAGACCAGAGCCUGAAGGACUCAGGAAGACCAGUAAACCAGAGCCUGAAGGAUUACUGAGAAAAACUAGCAAAAUUGAGCCUGAAGAAGUGUUGAGAAAGACCAGUAAAUUAGAGCCAGAGGGACUACUGAGAAAAACUAGUCGGCCAGAACCGGAAGGAACACUGAGGAAAAUUAGUAAACCAGAGUCUGAAGGGGCACAAAGAAAGACUAGCCAACCUGAACCUGAAAGAGUAUUGCGAAAAACAAGUGGUCAAGAAACUUCAGAAGCUCCCAGGAAGACAAGUAAUCAAGAACCUGAUAAAAUGUGCAGAAAAACUAGCACUGAGCAAAUGCUAAAAAGGAGCAGUAAACAAGAGCCUGAAGAAUUACUGGGGAAAACUAGUAAACAAGAGAGUGAUAAUGAAGAGCCAGAAUGCUUGCAGGACAGAGUAAGUAGGUUUGGUGUACAGCUAAGAUCCAGGAAGCAGUCAAAUCCACCACCACCACCUAAAGGACCUCUUCCCUCUGAAAGUGAAGAAGACUUGGCUCUCAUGAAUGACAAGAAUAAGUUGUCUAAUAUCAAAAAUAAAUGGGAGUCAAAAAUACAAAAUGAAAAUGAACAGAGAGAUAGAAGGCGAAGUUUGACCCAAAAACCUAAUAAAAUGGAAAAUGAAACAAGUAGGAAGGAGUCCAUGAUUGAAAACAAACCAGAAAGUAGAGUUGAAACAAAUGAAACAGAGAAGAAACCCAUUAAAAAUUCCCAAACAGCUCCUGGAAAACAACUAACUCAGGAUCAAAAAGAUACCCAAAGUAAAGAAGGCUUGCAAGGUAAAAAGGAUCCUUCAAACAAGCUGGUAAUGCAUCCUACUGAUCAAAAAGAGAGAGCUUCAGAAAAACCAAAGGAUAAAGAUGAAAAAGACAGUACAGAAAAAGUAAAGCAAGGUUUAUUUUUCCAAGAUAUCAAAUUAAAGAAAGCUAAAACAAAUAUUCCUGAAAAAACAAGACCAGAAAACAAAAACUUUCUUGAAGAAGUCAAAUUACGGAAGGUUGAGACAAAACCGCGUCCUGUUCACCGUGUAAAUAGUGUAGUAGAGUUCUCAGAUGAUGAGGAUGACUUCUUAGAAGAAAGAAGUGAAGAAUCUGAUACAGAAUCAGAGUCAGAGGACUCAGAAGAGGAAACUGAUGAAGACGAGGAAACAUCAGAAGAAGAAUCAGAGGAGGAGGAGGAGGAGGAGGAGGAGGAGGAGAAACAAACAAAAAUAGAUAAUAAGGCUAAGAAGACUGAAACACCACAGCCCACUCCUCAGACCAACACUCCGUUUGAGGAAGUUCCAAGGUGGGAGGAGCCAUUAACUGAAGAGGAAGAACCAGAGUUGAUUUGGGACCAGUCUACAGAAGACAUAAUCUCUCAGUCUAACAAUACUCUGGAAAGUCCUGUUCCAUGGUGGGAACAACCUCAGGAUGCAGGGUCUAACAAUGCUCUGGAAAGUCCUGUUCCAUGGUGGGAACAACCUCAGGAUGCAGGGUCUAACAAUACUCUGGAAAGUCCUGUUCCAUGGUGGGAACAACCUCAGGAUGCAGGGUCUAACAAUGCUCUGGAAAGUCCUGUUCCAUGGUGGGAACAACCUCAGGAUGCCAGGGAAUGGAGUCCAGGUUCACCAGUUUUCAAGAAAGAUGUGUUUGAGAGUAUGAAGGUGCAAUCCCAGCCACCACCCCCUCCACCACCACCAUCAUCUAAAAAACAAAAAGAUGAAGGCUCAGGACCUCCCCCACCUCCCCCAAUGCCUGGACUGCCACCACCACCACCACCUCAGCCUGGGAGCCACCCAAAGAGACCAACUUCUGCUGUCAAGAAACAAAAACUUGACCAACUUAAAAAGGCCGCCCGAUCACGACCUGAUUGGAAUGGUCUACUGCGAGAUAUUGAGAGUGGUAUUAAGCUUCGACGCUUGCCCUCCUGUGACAAAAUGGACAGAUCCACCCCUAUGCUUCCAAACUCCAGAGGGAAAGGUGGCAAGUUCGUCUAUGAAUCAGAGAAGCCCAUGGCCCACAAUCAGUUGCUUCAUGAAAUUCAUCGAGGUGUGAAGUUGCGUAAGGUCAAGACCAAUGACAGGAGCAAGCCAUGCUUCAAGGCUCUAGGUGUGAAGAAACUUCGCCGUCAACUUACUAUGGAAAACAUCAACAAACUGGAGAGCAUUCCAUCCUCCUCAGAUGAGGAAGAAGAUAUUGAUAAGAUGAGGGAUGACCUGCAGGCUACCAAAGGACAGCUUGAAGAUGAGAUUAAGAAUAGAAAGAAACUGGAAAGAGAAAGCAAGAUUUAUAAAAUUGACAUAGCUGCUUUACAAGCAGAAGUAAAAAGGCUGAAAAGACAACUAAGAAGUGCAGGCAUUAAUGAUCCAAAGCCAAUGACUAAUGGUGAAGCAGAUGAAAUUGUGCCAAAAUUAGAAAAAUCCAUGAGUAAAUUACGAAUGCAUGAAGAUGAAGUUUUGGACUUCUCUGAAUUAGAUACAUUAGAGACUGAAAUUAAUAACCUUAAAGGUCAAGUAGAUUCAUACAAGAAACAAGCUGAGGACUAUACAAAUAAAUACAAUGAAGUUAACCAAAAGUUAAUUGUAGCUGAAAAUUCUGCUUCAGAAUGGGAGCUCCGUAGCAACUAUUAUGAAAAGAAAUUCAAGGCCUUGCAGAAGGAACACUGCAUUGAGCUCCCAGAUAUAGAAAUUGUUGGUGUACAGACAGAUCCUAUAGAUUUUACUCCACCACCACCUUCAUCACCGACAGAGGAUGAUGAUAGGAUACCUUUCCCCAUGCCAUCAAAAUCAGGUUCCCGCAGAAGCUUUGCUUCAUCAGUUCAUAAAAUGGAGAGCUUUAAAGAGGAGGAAGAGGAUGAUGAAGAUGAUGAUGAGGAGGAGGAGGAAACUGAAGAAGAAUCUGAAGAAUCUGAAGAAGAAACAGAAGAGGAAGAUGAAGAGAAAGCAGCAGAGAAAAGAGCUCAAAAUGCUGCACGAAGAUUAGAAAGAGACAUCAAGCUGAUGACUAACAAACUUAAUAACAUAAAGUCCAAAGAAGAAAGAACACGAGAGGAAAGAAAGACAAUAAGGGACAGAAUGAUAAAAUGUUGUCAUGACAUGAAGGCUGAACGAGAGAUGUACUUUAAAACUAAGAGAGAACUUGAUGAAAUGGCAUCAGCUUUCAAAGCAUCUGAUGAUGAAGAUGACAGUAGUGAAGAUGAAGAUGAUUCUGAUGAUUCUGAUGAUUCUGAUGAGGAGGAAGUUCCUAGGAAGAAAGAAGAGGGUGAAGAAUGGUGGCUUGAUGAUACCACCAAAAAGCCAAUAAAACUUAAGAAGAAAAAGAAAAAGAAACUUGAUGCUAAUGGAGAAGAGGAAAAAGAUUCUGAACAAUUGCCUGAUAUACAAGAACCUGUGUGGAGUGAGUCUGAGCAAGAAGAGAGUGAGGUGGAUGAUGAAAAGAAUGACAGUGAGAAAAGAUUGACUAAACUUAAAACUAGAACACAAAAGCAUGAGCAAAAACAUGCCACUCUCAGGAAGGAUGUAAGUGCUCUGAAGACUAAGUUAGAACAUUCUGAAGAAUUGCUUGCUGCAGAGAAGCGGAGACGCCAAAGAUUGGAUGAGGAACUUCACAUUAUGUUGGCUGAGUUAUCAUAGUUAUGUUGUUGGAUGAACUAAGUGGAGAUAAAUAAUAUAGAAAAUGGUACGUAAGCUUUUGUAGAUAAUGAAGAGGAUAUACAUUUAUGUCGAAGCUUUCCAUGAGAAUGAAUGGCUGAUGAGCAGCAGUUGUGUGAAAGAAUUACUAUAGAAUUUUUCCUUUGAAUAGUGGGUGACUGUUGUUGCAAUGAUGUGCUUGAGAUUCUUUGUGAUAUAAAAGGCCAUAUAAAUGUGACCAACAAGUAACUUCACUGCUCUUGACUAACCCUACUUCAAAGUAGCAUUGGGUGGAGGCUAGUGCUAAUGGCCAGUGCCCUUUGAUCUGCUGGCCUCUCAGUUCCUCACCUUGUUCUUGAUAUACAUAAACUCAUGUAAGGGGAAAAAUAAAUUAAGAUAUAAUGGA